CUCCUUUUACCCCCGUGAUCUCCUGGAAGAAGAAGAAGGAGGAAAAAAAAACAACACAACAAAAGUGGGGUAAAACAUGGCGAGCGGGGAGGAGGUCAGACGCCCCUCGGUUACCUCCUCUUCUUCGGUCGGCCUGGAGGCCCUCUUUCCCGGUGGAGCGUCGGAGCCAGCGUGCGGGGAUGGCAAUCCAGAGCUGGUCCGCCUUCGGGAGCGCCUUCAGGGCUGGCUGUCGCAGUACGAGUCCCUGCUGCUGGGGGCGCAGCGGCUGCUGGUCUGGGAGAGGCCGUUGUACAGCGUCUCCGUUGCCCUCACCCUCAACACCUUGUUCUGGCUUCUGUCCUCCACCUCCUUGCGGCCUCUGUUCUUGCUCAGUGUGUCCCUGUUCGGACUCAUGUUGUUGGAAAGAUGGAAGCAUAAAUUACCCCUCAUCACUGUUCAACAUGCAGAGCCCAGCCCGAUACAAAGUGAAGCUGUGAGUAUGGAGCCACGUCUGCUCAGUAUUCCAGAGCUCAGCCACCACCUUGCAGAGAGCUACUUGACCUGCUGUCUCUACCUUCAGGAGAUGCUGCAGUACAAACAACAGAAUCAUGGAAAGUUCUGUGUGAUGAUGUGCAGUGGCUGUUUUGUGCUGGCUGUGGUUGGACACUACGUACCAGGAAUCAUGAUCUCUUACAUUAUAGUCCUAAGCGUGCUGUUAUGGCCGCUGGUGGUGUACCAUGAGCUGAUCCAGAGGAUGUACACGGGCUUGGAGCCUAUUCUGAUGAAGCUUGACUACAGCAUGAAGGGAGACACUGAGCACCGCAAGCACGACAAGAGGAAGGUUAAGAAGGAGAUGGAGGAAGGGGAUGAGCCCAGGGCCGAGACGGAGAGCGAGAGUGAGGAGGAACUGUCCUGUUUCGCACCUACGGUGGACGUGAAGACCACGGCCCUGGCGAUGGCCAUCACAGACUCAGAGUUGUCCGAUGAGGAGGCGUCCAUCUUGGAGAGUGGAGGUUUCUCUGUGUCCAGAGCCACCACUCCUCAACUCACAGAUGUCUCCGAAGACCUGGACCAACAGAGUUUGCACAGCGACCCAGAGGAGUCUUACCUGAAGGACCUACCCGAGUUCCCCUCCGUCGAGGAGUUCCCGUCCAUCGAGCACAGCCUCCUCCAUUUCCCCGUGCGGGGCGCCAGCCAAAGCCAAGGCGAGGGAGCCCACAGAGGGGAACCGUCCGAGGCGGAGCCCCUGAGCCCUGCCACCCUCCUCAUCCAGCACCUGGCCUCCCCGCUCCACUUUGUGAACACGCACUUCAACGGGCAUGGACGGCCGCCUGGUGGGGAAGGAGCUGGCGUGGAGGGGGCAACGGAGAAAGAGGGAGUGGCGGCAGCAGCGGUGGCACCCCUGGGCACACAACACUCCCUGGAGGCCCUGAGCGAGGAGAUAGUGAGCACAGCCAUCUCCACUGUGGUGCAGAACACUCUGUCCGCCAUGCUGCGCUCCAGCGAGGCCAGUGAGGAACCCGCCCUGGCCGAGUUCCUCCCCACUGAGACCCCUCCCAGCGCCCUGGAGACCUCUGCCCUUCCUGCCAACGCCGACACCACUCGCUCUACGUUGACGGCGGAAAUGCCGGGGCCCGACGAGGACCUGGAUGAGGCGCCUGCCGCAGACAUCAGCACUGGCGAGGAGAUGCCCGACGACACACUGAUUCCUGCUGAGGAAGAGGACUUUGAGCUUCUGGACCAAAGUGAACUAGAGCAGAUAGAUGAGGGGCUGGGCCUUGGCGCUGACAGACAGGUGGUUGGAGGAGCCUCGGGCACUCCAGACACACCCCCAUCUCCCCAUCAACCAGAAUCCUAGCUUCCCUGUUGGUUCUCUCUCUCUCUCCGUUCCAAACUGUUAUGUUUUUAUUUGUUCACGUUAGAACUACAUUAUACAUUGCAUACUGCUUCAUACAUUUAUCACAGGGUGUGGGGUCAAGUGGCAGUUUGGAUUGAAUGGCAGGUGGUAGAGUUUCCCUGGUGAAUUCUGAUUUCCCAGUAGCUAGGUUUCCAUCCAAAGUAUCAAUAUGCAGAUUGCCAUUCAUUAAUUUAGAGGUGCUGAAUGGAAAAUGUAAACAAAGUUGACUCACCAAGAAAAGAUUACACUUGGUAUAGGUGGAGCAUGCAUUUUAUGAGUUAAUGAUAUUAUGUCAACAUUUGCAGCUAAAAGCUGUACAAACGUUCCUUUCCAUGUAUAAGUCGUAUGUUGUGGUGUCGCCAAAGGCAUUUCUUUAUUUUCAUCCAAACGGCUUGAAAUAUUUGCUGGAACAAAGCAGAUUAACCCAAUCAAUGGCAAUUUGUUCUUGAAAGGUUUGCAUUUUAUUAUUUGCAGCAUUCUAACACUUUGUUCAUAGUUCACGUGACAUUUGGAUGGAAACUCAACGAUGGUGGUUUGUUUGACCUUGGCACACGAGCUGUGUUGCUUCUCGUCCGGGCGACAGACGACCAUCGGCUUGAGGCAUAUCUGCUACUGUCAGAUGGCAUUCAGAAUGACAUUUAUAACACUUGACUCUGCAGACUGAACCACAAUUACUAUUUAAGAAAUAAGAGGAGUCUGUCAUAUUUGUUACAUCCAACAGAGAAAAUUUUUGUUGUGUCCUACUGAUGGCUGAGGGCAGAAGAGGGCUCCCUAUCUUAAUGGGUUGCAAAGUAUUUCACCGGAGUUGUUAGUUUGUUCCAGCUCACUUGCGAAUUUGCAAGAGAUUCCAGCAAUGAGCAGCCUCUUUCACUGUCCCACCGAAGUCUCUCGUCAACAGUAAUGCUGCCGCCAUUUUUCCCUUGUGCUAAAAGUUACCUUUGAUCCCUAGCAAGUGUUUAUUUAGAUGGUCUUAUUGAGAGAAAGAGUUAAAGGUUUUGCAUUAUAUAGUUAUUAAUAUAUGAUAUAAAUUAUUUAAUUUAACGGUCAAGUUGAUGAAACUACCUUUUGAUGAAGAGAAAUUUGAGAGCGAUUGAUUUCUUUCAUUGGUCACCCAUAAUGAUUGUAUGACAUGCGUUUGACUAAUGACGGCAUGGACUCCUCGUUUAAAAUGAGCUGUGAACUCCAGAUAUUUGACUUGAUAACAAACGGCGUUGACUGACAUUCUCCUUACCGACCGAAGGUACAGUUUUGACUAAAAGCAGUCAGUCAGUAGUCGUCAUUUUCGCUUGCUGGGAAAUUUAAUCUCUGAUGUUUUGGGAUGUUGAAAACGUGCAGACUUGGCAAUGUGAAGCCAUUGCUCCUCUAUUUCUUCUUUGUGAUGCCUAAUUUUUAUGACUUGUGAAUAUAAUUUGAUAUUAUUGCCACUGAAAACAUCCUUCCUGGAUAGGGUAUUGUCAGUUAUUCUUAAUUCAUAACCUCGCUGAACAAACUUGCAGACUUCUUGACUGUACAGUAGGCCUACCCAUUAUCAAACAUUUGUACUAGUAUAUUCUUCAUUGGGGAUAUGUAUAUUUACUAAAGGAUCUAGUUUGUGCCACUAAAAGUCAAUGCAUGCCAUGCAUCACGCAUGUAUUUACCUUUAAUCAAUAUCAGAGAGAUCAGUCAUCUAAAGAAUGUUAUUUUUACCCUCGCCGAUUUUUUUGUGUUGCGUUUUUGAAGGGAUAAUAAAUUCAGCUCCUGCGAUGUUUGGCCACUGCUGGAGGUGUGUGGAAUUUGACUUUCCGACACUCGGUUUUCAUGAAGAAGCUGGUUUUCGUGUUUGUUUGCCGCUCGACAUCGAAACCUCAGGGUGGGUUGUACAAAUUGACUAGAACACUGCAUAUUAAUCGUACAUCUGUCCACUCGUCUCGGUGCACCGUAUCUGUACUAACCUGUCCUUAUCUCAGUCAGUCAUUGUGUAUAGUGUAGAAAUGCUAAAGGAAUGUGUAUAUUCUGCAUGGAAAAACAGCAUUCUGGUUCUUGUCGUCAGUCGGUGAAGUGCCGCUACAAUGUUAAAAGUUCCAAGUUCAGAUUUGCCUGUUAAGUUUUCGACUCUUUGAACCGUUUAACCGCCGAGGAGGCGGUGUACUUUCAACGACGCGGCAUUUUUGAAUAACUACCCUGUUGUAAAUGAAAGCAGUCGGCAAGUCAUGACAUCAGAUGUUAUAGGAUAUCAACAAAGACUGGUUUGUGUGUUGUAGUAGUGUGUUUUCUGCUUCAAAUAUUGCUUCUUUAACUAUACAGUAAGAUAUUAAUGCGACAAAACUGUACAAUUUAAAAAAAAAAGGAAAUCUAUUUUCUAAUUUCUCCAUUUUUCCAUAAAGUACUCAGUUUGAUCUUUUACCUUUCUAAACGAAACAGCCAGGGAUGUGUUUCGCAGAAGAGGAAUAGAUUUAUUGUCAUUUCAAUUGGUGAAGCAAGGUUGCAGCUCCUUAUGUGAAAGUCAAAAGAGAAUAAAAGAACAAACUGAAACGAAAAAAAUUGUGACA